GUCCUGGAGACGCGUCGAACUGUGCAUCGACAAGGGCGCCGAGUACUCCAUGCUCAGGGAAAGACAUCGCAGUAGCAUUGUCCCCUGGGAGCGCGACUUGGGGUAGGAUAAAAAACAGAGCUGUGGAGUUACAUAUUCCGACUCCGUUGUUGUCCUCACAUCCGCAGUACGAUAAUGUUGAUCAUGAACUACAACGGCGUCGGAAGGAUGCACAGCGAGAAGAACAGCCACGACUUGUUAUUUCUGCGCAAGAGUCUCACACUCAGUCUGAC